AUGGGGAAAAAUAAUCAGGGAGGAGGAAGGGAAGGAAAAGAUGGAGGACAGCAGGAGGAUGGAGGGGUGAAGAAGAGGGGAGGAGUAGAAGGGGAGAAGGAACAGAAGGGGAAGAUGGAGGGAGAGGAGGAGGAGAGAGAAGGGGGAAGCCUUGAGGAGGAGGAAGGAGGAGAGGGGGAAGAGGUAGAGGAAGAGGAGGGAAGGAGAAGGGGAGGACGUGGAGGAGGGGAAGAGGAGGGGAGGAGGACAGGAGCAGGAGGAGGACAGGAGGAGGAGAAGGGGAGGAGGAAGGAGGGGAAGAGGAAUCCAUCUGUAGUUCGCGCCAACAGAUGCGGUAUGUUUCAAUGGGAUUGGGUUUCGACUGGCUCCAUGCUCGUCAGACCCCGACUCAGCUCCUGCGUGUUCCUGGUCUAA